GUCCCGGGCCAGCCCCAGCCGGGGGCCUUUAUGCUCACCUAGGAAGCACUAUUCUUGUGGGCCAAAUGUCAAUGGCCCCAAUCAUAUGGCCGGUAGCCGGCUCGGCUCGACCCCGAGAGUUAUGCCGUCUUUAUUCCAUGAACACGGAGAAGGGCGUUGAAAUUUUGAGACUAUAAAGGGGAAUUGGCGUCUCCCUCUUGCCUUUGGCUGGAUAAAGAAGGGACUUGCCCGCGAGACCACCGUAUCGGUGAGGAGCCAGACUGGCGAGUCAAAUGAGACGCGGAUUGAGAUACCCCAGCCUUCUCGAUCGGAUGGCAAAGCACAGGAUCCCAAUUUAGUCACCUGGGAUGGACCGGACGACCCUGAAAAUCCGUUCAACUGGAAACCCUAUAAAAAGGCUCGACAACUCGUGUUUAUGGCCUUCAACACUUUCUUAACUCCUCUAGCGUCCUCGAUGUUCGCCCCGGGAGUGGAAGAUGUGAUGAAGGAAUUUGGUUCUUCUAGCUCUAUGCUUGCCUCCUUCGUUGUCUCGGUUUACGUUUUGGGCUACAUGGUCGGUCCCUUUUUGAUCGCGCCGUUGUCGGAGCUAUACGGCCGAGUACCGCUAUAUCACGCCUGCAAUGUGCUCUUUUUGAUCUUUACUAUCGCUUGCGCUGUUGCCCAAAGCCUCCCACAGUUGAUCGUCUUCCGGCUUUUGGCAGGCGUUGCUGGCGUUUGCCCACUGACAAUUGGCUCAGGAACAGCAGCCGACAUGGUUACCAAGGAAAAACGGGCCGGCGUCAUGGCGAUCUGGGCGAUGGGGCCUAUUUUGGGGCCUGUUAUCGGACCUGUGGCCGGCGGAUUUUUAGCCGAGGCGGAAGGAUGGCGCUGGGUGUUUUGGGUAAUUGCAAUCACUACUGGUGUCGUAAUUAUUGGAACCGUCCUCAGUUAUCGGGAAUCAUACGCGCCUGUUUUGUUGAAACGCAAGGCCGCUCGUCUCAGAAAAGAAACUGGGAAUCCAAAUCUUCAAUCGAUCUAUGACACUGGCCGGCCUCCACUUCAGCUCUUUCUGUCUGCACUCGCCCGUCCCGUGAAGCUUCUCUUUGGCUCGCCCAUCGUGUUUCUCUUGGCACUGUUCGCAGCCGUGACCUAUGGCUAUCUCUACCUGAUGUUUACCACAAUCACGUCCAUUUUCGAGGAGCAAUAUGGAUUUUCAUCUGGGCUUGCCGGUUUGGCGUAUCUGGGAUUUGGUGUUGGCUGUCUCCUUAGCCUCGUUGUCUGCGGUCGUGUAGCCAAUCAUAUUGCCGUCACCCACACUGCGCGGGGAUGCUUCACACCGGAAUCACGGUUGCCGCCCAUGAUAUACGGGUGUUGGGCUAUCCCAGUCGGCCUGUUCUGGUAUGGUUGGUCAGCGCAAGCUCACACACACUGGAUUGUGCCCAUCUUGGGAACCGGAGUGUUUGGAGUGGGCCUUAUUACGGUCUUCAUGUCGGCGAAUACUUACCUCGUGGACUGUUACUUGGUUCACGCAGCUUCUGUGACUGCGGCUAGCACGGCGUUGCGAUCUUUGGUCGGAGCUGUGCUCCCUCUGGCAGGACCGUCAAUGUAUAGCGUCCUCGGACUCGGAUGGGGAAACUCCCUUCUGGCGUUUAUCGCCUUGGCUCUGUGUGUGGUGCCUCUGCUGUUUGCCCGAUAUGGCGCGGCCAUUCGCACGGAUCCACGAUUCCAAGUUCGCCUCUGAUCACAUUGAUUUCGGGCCUCAUGAACACUUAUAGACUUGCAUAUAGAUAUACCUUAUAGAAUUCAUCUGAAUAUAUACUCGAUGCGAGAGGGCCGCGCAAAGGCGGAAAAUUCGGUUCUCCCGACUAACCAGGUCUAUCAUCGAACUUCUCAACGUCCCUCCUUCUUCCAAAACAGCCAUGCGAGCACGAUCGCUGCUUUCAGCAAUGCCGCGGUCCAUAGCGCCCCCAUCAAGCCCACCGAGCUGUGCGCCCAAAGUCCUCCCAGUAUGACUCCAAGUAAAAGACAGAUCACCGCGCCCGUGCGACGCAUCUCCUCGGUAUUACCAAUGACCUUGGGUGACAAAAAAUCAGGAUGGGAGAAUAAAUCGCAGUAGACACUCGUGAGAACGACACUCGUCAGGCCGUUAUAUUUAAGCACGCGACUGGUCACCGCCUGGCCACUGCUUUGUAAGGCGACUAGCCCAAGGGGGACCAAUACCAGCCAGCUCAAGGGGGCGUCCCGAGAUGGUCUGUAAAUCGUCACGAUGAUGGCUGCCGCAGUAAUACACGCCAAUUGAAAUAGGAAUGAGGUGACAAGAACCCAACGUUGUCGAGGAGAGAAAGCGCGAUGGAACGCUGCGAAGCAAAGAGAUCCCAGGCAAAAGCCCGCGAUCGAGACGCCCGAUUUGAUCCAACGAUCGUCGUCCGUUCCGACCAGACCCAGGCCGAAAUAGACCGUAUUCCCGGUCUGCAUGCUCACAAAGGAGCCCCAGAUGAAGACAGCAGAGCUGUCCAGUAGGCCUGUAAUAAUAUAGCAGAAAAGAAGUAGCAAAUCUCCCCGUCGCGGAUCCAGCUCAUCAUGGAAAUAGCGUGACAGUCUCUGUGACCGCGAGGAGAGUGGGCGCGAGUUCUGAUUGCCCAAUAGAGGCUCCGUUUCAAACGGCAUACUGCCAGCGGCCAAAAAUCCGAGAUAUACGCUGGCUAGAGCUUCAAAGUAUAAGGAAACAAUGGAUGGCCCCGCAGGAUGUUCUUACUGGCCGUUCAGGCGACUAGGGGAUGCAUUAGCAAAUGUCUUCGCAGCUGUUGCUGCUCUCAGCGUUCCUCCGAGGG